AGGCGACACUUUUUUUCAUCGGAGAGUUUCCGAAGGAAUUCGAGGUCUGGCGGCUCCUUCUUUCUUCUCCGAUCAACCGUCCCGAUCUGUUGCCCGUAAUGAUUUUGGCGCGUUAUUAGAAGUCCCGAUAUCUUACUUUACACACACACUCGAGGUCUCCUCGUGGUCGAUCUAGGGUUUCCGCGAGAUCUGAGAUUUACAUCUUUGUUGGUCCCGUUUUGAUUCCGAAGUCCAUCUUCUUCGCAUCCAAAUAUACUUUGGUGUAGUUUGUCCCUAAUAUCGUAAGAUGUCUCGGUGCUUCCCGUUCCCGCCACCUGGCUAUGUACUGAACGGGAUCCGCGAUGAGGCUCUGAUCGAAUCGAUCAAGAAGGCAGAGGAGAAAGCUAAGAAAGAACAUAGGAGGAAGGAGAGGAAAAAAGAGAAAAAGGAUAAGAAAGAGAAGAAGGAGAAAAAGAGGAAGGAGAGGGGAGGGGAAGGUGAAAGCGAAAAACACUCUCAUAAGAGAAGGCGCAAAGAAGAAGUUGCUAAAGAUGGCAAGAACAUUGAAAGUGAGAAUGGCUGUUUUGAGAAGAGCAGUCUUACUGUAGAACGCGACCUGCUUCAGUCCACGUCUCAGAACUCUUGUGAUAGCACUCUUAACAGCAAUGAGCUACCUAAGCAGCCACAUCGCAACAACAACGACUCUGAAAGCAUCAUUCGGAUUCGGGUGCCUAUCCGAAGGCAGAAUGAUCCUGAGGUGAUGAUGACCACCAACAAGGAUCAACAAAAACCAUGUCCUUCCCGGGAAGUGAAGUUGGAUACCGUGAAGAUUGUUAUUAGAGAGCAGCCGCAACAUCUUUGUUCCACUUCAAAGCCACAUGAAGAGAAGAAAAAAGACCAAAUUUUAAAAACGAAACCCAUCAAGGAGAAGAAAUCGUCGUCCACUUCUGACCCUUCAAGCGGCCUAUGCAGGUUUUGCCCGCCAUCAUUGGCGGUGCAAUUCUUGAACGUAGUUGAGAAUUGGGUUCCUAACACGAUCGAGAGAAGUGUAGAGCUGACCAACUAUGAAGAUGAUGAAUGUUGGUGGUUCUUGAAGAAGCCAAGUAGCCACAAGUUUGGCACAGAAAGAUGCAAACAACUUAAUAAUGAGACAAAGCAAGUCGUAAGCAGUUCAAUGGCGUGGCCAUGUGCUCGCCUUUUACCAGAAGCUGAUGUCCACGCCUUACCUUACACCGUCCCUUUCUGAUACGAGCAGGAAGAAGAAUUUCUUAACAAGGAACUUGGUCGAGAUAAUCCGUGUGCUGGAGUCGGACCAAACAUUUUUUGAUUUGGCCUUAAAAAGGUCUAAGGUUGAACACUGUUUGUUAUACUUUGCGGUUGCUUAAUAUAGUAAGAUUAGUACUA